AUAGAAAGUAGUGUUGACAUUCUUGAACGGAGCCGAGGCGCCAUUACAGGGUGUUGGAUGUAAAAACACAGACCAGGAGGAUUGAACUGUAAAACCAAAGACACAGAGGUUUGGUGAGUCUGUGUGUUAAAGGAUAAUUCACAUAUCAGAGAAAAUGGCUGAGAAGAAGAUUGAACUGUUUGAAAGUUUCCUGAGUUGUCAUGUGUGUUCAGAGACGUUCAAAGACCCUGUGUCUCUGAGCUGUAACCACAGCUUCUGUUCAAACUGCCUGAAGGAAUUCUGGGAGAAAACUAGGAACAAAAACUGUCCCAUUUGUAAAAGAAAAUCUUCGAAAGAAAAUCUAGGUGUGAACUUCACUCUGAAAGAACUGGCUGAUUCAUUUGCUGGGAGACUGAACGUUGGAUCAUCUGAGACAGAAAAAGGAGAAAAGAAGGUGGAGGUGGUCUGCAGCAAACAUCAAGAAGAACCUAAACUGUUCUGUAAAGAUGAAAACAGAGCUGUGUGUUCUAUCUGUGAUUUUCCUCAUCAUCGUGAACACACUGUGGUUCCUGUAGGAAAAGCAGUUACUGAAAUGAAGGAUGAGCUGAAAUCUGACUUAAAAUCACUAUGGGACAAGAAGAAGAAAUAUGAGGAAACACAGAAAACAUACAAUGAAAUAAUCCAACACUUAAAGAAACAGGUUUUGUUCACAGAGAAUCAGAUCAGAGCAGAGUUCAACAAACUCCAGCAGUUCCUGAAAGAGGAAGAGGAGUCCAGACUGGCAGCUCUGAGGGAGGAAGAGGAGCAGAAGAGGAGGAGUGUGAUCAGAGAGAUGAAGAGGAUUGAGGAGCAGAUGUCCUCUGUGUCAGACAGUAUCUGUGCUGUUGAAGAAGAGCUGCAGAAAGCCAGCGCUCCAUUCCUCAUCAGUUGUAAAGACACUCAGAGCAGAGCCAGAGCCCAGUGCUCAGUGUCAGAGCCACAGCUGAUCUCAGGAGCACUGAUCCAUGUGGACAAACACCUGGGCAACCUGUCCUUCAGAGUCUGGGACAAGAUGAGGGACAAGGUCCACUUCAGCCCCGUCAUCCUGGACCCAAACACUGCAGGCGGAUGGCUUCAUCUGUCUGAUGAUCUGACCAGUGUGAGAAAUGGAGACACAAAGCAGCAUCUUCCCGAUAAUCCAGAGAGAAACACUAAAUAUUCCAAUGUUCUUGGCUCUGAGGGCUUCAACUCAGGGAAACACAGCUGGGACGUGGAGGUGGGAGACCAUCCUGACUGGAUUUUAGGUUUGGUUAAAGAGUCAGCUGACAGGAAGGGAAAGAGAUUUGUUUCACCAGAAUAUGGAAUCUGGUGUUUAAAGAAUCGCAGUGGAGAAUACACUAAUGGUGCUGGUCGGACUGUGACAGUGCAGACGAGUCCACAGAGGAUCAGAGUUGAACUGGACUAUGACAGGGGGGAGGUGUCCUUCUACAACGCUGAAGACAAGACUCACAUCUACACUCACACAGACACUUUCACUGAGAAACUCUACCCUUAUUUCAGUCUUGGAAAGGCUGGUGAUGCUAAAACCACUGAUAUUAAAAUCUGUCAGAGGAAGAUUUCUCUGUUGUUUACGUAGAAAUGAAAAUGUGAACGAUAGAUUGUGUUUUAAUUUUUCCAAAACCAGUCAUAUUAAUACAUGUAGAUGUGAAAUGUAUAAAACCUGUUUAACUGAGUAGAAUGGAACAAACAGUGAACACUGAGGUGAUUUAUAAUAUGUGAAUUAUAUGAAAAACAUUGUUUUUAUUGAUCAGAUGAAAUUAGAGUGCCUUUGUCUUAUUACCUCCUAAUGUUUUCAUCAGGGUUUGUUUGUUUGUCUGUUAACAAGAUAAGUCAAAAAGUUAUGAAAGGAUUUUGAUGAAAUUUUCAGGCAAUGUUGAUACUGGCACAAGGAACAAAUGAUUACAUUUUGGUGGUGAUUGGGGUGAAAUGAUCUGCCUUGUUGGAGGUCUGUGCUCUCCGAGUGCUUUUCUAGUUUUAUUCAUGUUAUUCAUAUUUUAACCUGCAGGUUUUUUCAGUCAGAUUCAACUAUAGAAUGAUUAUUAAUGUGAAACUGAUGGUUUAGUUUAAAUCAAUAGUAAAUAAUUGAGCCUCCAUAUUGUCCCGAUUCUUAACCCACUGACUAGAACACAUAUCCUGGGACAGAUAUUUUCCUUUUUGUUCAUAUGUGAGUCUUUUCAUCUACAGCCGUUUGUUUCUGUCGCCACGUUUUUCUCAUAAAAUGAUGUGAUGAUGUGAACAGACGUUAAAGGACAGGUGUAUUGAAGUAAAUGUAGGUGAAUUCAUGGUUCUGGUUGUAAUAUGGGUUCAGAUACUGAUUCUUCUGCUCUUUGGACCCGACUUAUCACUCUGUUCUUCUUCCUUUUAAUAGAAAUAAUGUUCUGCUGGAUUUAUCUGCACUCAUUUUCUAUCAGGUGCUGAGAUUUACAUGAACAGAAACAGAGGAAACUGAGGAGUUUUUACACCUUUUACUUUCAGAUUCACAGCUUUUAAAAACAGUUCAAUCAGACGUUUGAUUCACUGGGAUUCAUUUUUGGAGACAAAAUCCACGUCCUGGUUCUCUGUAAAGGUUAAAGGUUGAAACUUCAUGUGUUUGAAUUCAAACAAUCCCAUGUUAUUUUCCACAGUUUCGUCUGUUUCCUGCUUCAGAAAAUCUGCACCGGAUUAGUUUCAUUCACAAGUCUGAGAAGAACAUCACAGAAACAUUUGAUAUAUUUCAGUAACUGCAGACUUUGUCCCAUGUACAGUUUAUUUACAUUUAUAAGUUUAAGGUGAACGGUGAUUUAUUGUCGUGUGUGUCAGUGAUGUAAUAAAGGGAUAAAAGUGGAA